AUGGCUCCCUUCGGUACCAAAUUGAUUUCCAGGUCAUCCACAUCCGCCAGUAAAUCUGCCCUCAGAACCGGCGCUUCAAAAUCCAGAUCAACCAGCUCUCCUUCAUUCUUCUCCAGCGCUUCUUCCGCCACUCCUACCCGCCGCUUCUCCACCUCCAGGAUUCCCCUCUAA